AUGGCGGCAUGGGCAGGUAGCAUCGGUUUGGUUACACAAGAUAACGUCAACGGCUCAUAUCGGGAAGGCGAUGAGCAUUCACGAACAGGAUCAUCAUACGGCCGAGUCGCAUCUUCGCGCCGAGGAACCGACUUGUGCAAAGGGACCUUGUUCGAAGAGGCAAAAUGGCCCUGA